UUCUAUAAAUACGGGCAAUGUCGCGCUGGCGGGCGCCUUUACUCCGAAUCCCUUUACAAGAACAAUUGCGACAUGUUUCAGGCAAUUCUCUAUGCGUGUGCACUGCAAGCGGUUGCAAGCAUAAUAGUCACCGACCCGCCACCAACAAGCACGGAAUACAAUUAUUGGUACGACAUAGUCGACCCUUUAACUGGCGACGCCAAAAGCCAACACGAGUUCAGGCAGGGCGACCUUGUCAAAGGCUCCUACUCCGUGAUAGAUCCAGACGGAACGAAGCGUACCGUUGACUACACUGCCGAUUCUAAGCACGGCUUUAAAGCUAUCGUUCGCACCGAACCUACUUUGUCUAAUACAAUAGCUAAACGUAACUUUUUUGCGCAGUAUCCAAGUUUAGUACCAAGUGGUCAGAUUUAUAGCCCUAAAGUGUAUCCCGUCCCAUAUGCGAGGAAACUAGAAGUACCGAUAUACUCUACAAACAAGUUCGUCGAGAGUGAGCAAAUAGAUUAUUUUACCCCAGGAAAUGACACCUCAGCUGAAAGAGUCAGUUCGACUUUUGGCAAAGGAGAGUUCUUCAUACCCAAUUAUAUGAAUAAUUAAUUAAGUAAUAGAUGUAAAUUAACUUACUGUACGUAUUACGUUUGUGAUAUUAGUUACCUAACUGUAAUUUAAUUUAAAUAAAUUAAUUAUUAUUAAA